AUGGCGCAGGGCCACCAGGGCAUAUGUUACGACAUGGAGACAGCGGAUCUUACCCCACUGUGCCGGGUUCGAAACUACUCAGCGUGGGAAGAUCCAGCAAUGGAUAAAUGCGUCAAACAGGUCAAGGAUACCAGCUUCGACUACACCGUGAAUCAAGCCAAGGAUUAUCCCAGUCGACCCGCCCUAGACAUCUCCCAGCUCACCGAGCAUAAUCGGCGCGUGGUAGCUUACCUGGAGUACAAGGGAAGAGUGGACCUCUACAAUACAACCAUUCCGGUCCAAUUCCCUAUGGCAGAGGUGCAUUCUGAGGAUGAGAACGAGGCCGACGCAGCUCAUGGAGGCUUGGAGAUGGCGUCCUGGGCCUCCUUCAUUUGA